AAUGUGUCUUGCAACUAUAAAUGAGUUUCUUAAUUGAAGUGGAAAGAUAAUGAAUAUGAAAUUUCAGCUUACACUUGGAAGGAGGAGUAAAUAAAGCCAGCUGGAUCCGAGGUUACAAGAAGAACAAGAGAAGGAGAGAGAGCAGAAGACGUUAAUUAUAUAACUGUAAUUGGUGUCUGAAACUCUGAAUUGGGCUCCAGAUUCAAGAACAGAAAUUGAGAGUUGAAAGAGGGAGAGAUUCCAUGGAGGAGACGACGUGCAACAACGAGAGUAACGGAGGAGCAGCAGCAGCAGCAGCACUAGCUGAUGGUGUAGAAGGAGAGUGUGAGUCGCAGUCGUCGUCGGCGUCGUUGCACUUCGUGUUGGUGCAUGGAUUAGGGCACGGGGCAUGGUGCUGGUACAAGAUCAGGUCCCUUCUCGAGAGCUCCGGCCACAAAGUCUCCUGUCUAGACCUCAAGUCCGCCGGAAUCGACCCUUCCAAUGCUUCCUCCGUUCUCACCUUCGAUGACUACAACCAACCUCUCAUCGACUUCCUCUCCGCCUUGCCUCCACAUGAUCAAGUGAUACUGGUGGGGCACAGCGCCGGAGGGUUAAGCGUGACUGAUGCAAUUCAUAAAGUUGGAAAGAAGAUCCAUGUCGCCAUCUACGUCGCUGCCACCAUGUUGCGUUCUGGCUUCUCCACUCCACUUGAUGUCCUCCAUGGUCAACCAGAUUUAUCUGAGUUUGGGGACGCAUAUGAAAUAGGGUUCGGAUUGGGACUGGAUCAUCCACCCACCAGCGCCAUUGUUAAGAAAGAAUUUCAGCGCAAAAUCUUUUACCACUUGAGCCCUCUAGAGGACUCAAUCCUAGCGUCAAUGCUAAUGCGUCCAGCGCCGGUCAUAGCCCUACAGACGGCAAGGUUCAGCGAAGGACCGGAAGCGGACCAAGUGAAACGGGUAUACAUCAAGACAGUGCAUGACCGAGUUCUUACGCCCAAGCAGCAGGAUGAGAUGGUUAAAAUGUGGCCACCUUCUCAGGUGUUUGAACUGGAGACUGACCAUAGUCCCAACUUUUCCACUCCCCUUGAACUCUUUAGCAUUCUGCUCAAAGCCUCCUCUAGGUCUACCCUUGGCAAUUAGGAAGCUUGUGCGCAGUGCCUCCCAACAAUUAAUUUUCA